UUCAUCGCAACAAUAACCAUGUCUCUCGAAUCCAAAGUCAUCCUCGUCACCGGCGGCGCGGCCGGUCUUGGCCGAACCAUCGCCGAAACCCUCCUCUCCCGCGGCGCCAGCGUCGCCGUCUGCGACAUCAACCCCUCUCGCCUCGAGACUAUCAAAGAUGAGCUCUUACCCAAGAUCCCUAUCGAACGAUUCGUCGCCCUCGAGGCCAACGUCGCCGACGAGGAGUCCGUCAAGGCCCUGAUCGAAAAGACCGUGGCGUACUUCGGCCACCUCGACAUCGUCAUCAACAACGCUGGCAUCAUGGACAAAUUCGAUCCCAUCGGCGACUGCGACAAGAAGAUGUGGGAUAGCAUCCUGGCCGUCAACCUUACUGGAGCAUUUCUCGUCACAAAAUACGCUCUGCCGCACCUUCAAGCCAGUGUAGAAGCCGGCAAGCCAGGCAGCCUCAUCAUCAAUAUCGGCUCCACGGCCUCCUUCUCGGGUCUCACUGCUGGAGUAGCCUACACGGCAUCCAAGCACGGACUCGUUGCGUUGACCAAGCACACGGCGGGCUUCUACGGCCCCAAGGGCAUCUACUCUGUUGCGCUACAGCCGGGCGGCAUGACUGAAACCAACAUCAGCGAUGCGUUCGCCAAGGGCAUGAACGUUGAGGGCUUCAAGGCCGUCAAAGAGGUACAUCCCAAGAUGAACAACGUACCCGUCGAUCACGUAGCGAGAUACGUGGCAUUUCUGACCGAGGAUGGCAUCGGCCAGAGUGCCAACGGAAGCUGUAUCGUCUUUACUGGUAACUGGCCCGAGGCUUAG